AUGGCCACAAUCAUCCGCCGGCACCCUCGAAAGCUCGUCGCCGGUAUUGUUCUUGUCGGUGUCGGAUACGGCGUCGCUGAGGGUAUACUCCCAAACCCACUUCAGACUCCCGGUGUACAGAAUAUCGAGCAGCGCUAUUCGUCCGGUGGCGGCUCUAAGAAUCAUUUGCCAGGCGCUGCUACAAAGAGAGGGCAUCCUGAUUCGGUAGAGGGGAAUACGGAGACGGCGAAGGGAAUCGGAAGCCCACAUCACGAGGCAAAUUACCAGGGGCAGAAACCAGAUCCGAGUGGAUUCGACAAGACAUGGAACAGAGCCCAUUACAAUUCUGAAAAGGGAAAGUAG